UUCUGUCUCUGUGAGAGAUGAGUGUGGGAAGGGGUAGGACUGCUGACUGCUAUGUUGAUGGAGCCAAGAGGUCGGAACCGGGGGCAGGGCAUAAAAUUAGCACCUGCCAACUGCGGGUAAAUCGUGUAUGUGGCGGGUACGUUCAGGAAUGUACAUGCCAGCAGAAAGCAGGGAGACCUUUCUCACACAUUGUCUGAAUGUGCGAGUAAGUAGGCUUUUAAAUUUUAUAACAUAUUGUGUAAAAAAAAAAAAAAAAAAAAAUCUACCUUUAGCUUACAGCCGCAGCAUUAUUAUUAUUUGAUUUAUGUUUUGAUUUGUUAAUUAUUCUCGUGCGUAUGCGGUCGAGUUGCAAUUGAGUAAGGAGGGAGAUUAGGAGUUUGAGCGAGAGAUUGAGAGCCAGAAAGAUAGUAAUUACUAUCUGUAUUUUUGUUUUGUUUGCUGCCUUUUCUUUUAUGUUUGUGUUUUAAAUAUGCGCCGUAGCGCUAAACACAUUUCCCUGCCUGUGUGCCAGUCUUCCGGGUCUGUCAGCAGGGGCUUACGUCAUCCAAAGCGGCGCGGUCAGUCUGUAACGACAUUUCAGUAACACCAAUCUAAGAUUGACUGGUGGUAGCGAAUUUGAGCGUAAACGGCUGAGUGCGAGCCUGUCCCUCUCUCCCCUUUUCUCUCUGUCUCUUGCCUCUUGCUUUCUUUACUUUCUGUCUGUGUCUGUGUGCUGCUGGACUCUCAGCACCCGCUAGUCCAAUUAGUGUGCAGAAGCAAAGCGAGUGCCUCCACUAUUAUGAAUUAAUAGUAAGUAAUUUGAUCUCUGUAGGUUAGAUGAACAGAAAGGGCUAAAUCUAGGGAGCACCUAUAGGAAUGCCAUGCAGGCACCAGCCUUUAUGCACUACAUUGCAGAGGUAGAGAGGAGGCAGCUGCAGGGAAAGAUUGAAACAGCAAAGUUCUUGUCAGUGAUGUCAGAUGGGUCCACAGACAGUGCAGUCAUGGAAGAGGAGCUGCUGUAUGUGUGACUCAGUCAAGCAGGGAAGGUGCAAGUGCAGUUUGUAGGCAUUCAGUCUGUGAAAAAGGCAGAUGCCAAACAUAUAUCGGAAUCGAUAUGUUCCCUCAUGAGAAUGGUUGAUGGCACUAGUGGCUAUGAAGAACUAUGGAAAGAAAAGCUGGUCGCUUGUGGUACUGAUGGUGCCGCUGUCAUGAUGGGGGCAAAGAGUGGUGUUGUCAGCAGGCUUCGUGGUAACAAAUCUGUACCAGAAAGUGGAAGGGCUCUUGAUGGGCUUAUAUUACUUCUAUCAUAACAGCCCACUGAACAGGGCAAACAUGAUCAGCAGCUACCGAGUCCUUGGACAGAAACCGCUCGUACCCACUCGAGUGGGAGGCACAAGGUGGGUUUCCCACUUCCUGAGAGCCCUUGACUAUUUCCUGAGGGGGUACAAGGGCUUCGUACAGCACCUAGAGCAGGUUGAGGAACAGGUGGAUGUGAAACACAGUGAUGAUGAAGAUUUUGGGCCCAGCGUCUUUUCUUGGAGGAAGCAGGUUACGAAAUGGGACUGGUAUGAGGCAGUGAGAAGGAGGGAGUUGGGGAGAGUGGACAGUCACAGCGAGGAGCAGACUUCAGUGUCCUCCUCAGCUCUGCAGAUGUCGGCUGUGUAUGUUGACUGCCAGUCCUUAGCCCAGUCCCUUCAAGAGCUCCCUCUUCAUCUGAGGUUGAACUGGUCCAGCUUCCCCCUUCACCAGUUCUGUAACCCCUCCUGACCUGCUGUGCUCCACUGCACCCCCGCCAGCAGCAAAUGAACUCGACGUGCUUCUUACUUUAGAAGACCCAGUUCAGACCGCUAAAAACAGCCUUCUGCCAGAUACUACUGCCUAAGACAUGGAAACUGUGGAUGCUGCUGCUGCUGCAGAUCCAGUGUCUGAGCAUGGCAAGGAAGCCUCUUCAGGAGACACGACCAUGAAGAAGGAAAUCUCUGAGGACGAGCUGUAUGACUGGCUGGACAGCAUGAUAUCCUGUUGCUCACCAGGCAGGGCUGCCAGACUCAACCAUAUUAAACAGACAAUUGCCAAGACAAGGACUAGCAUGCCCACCACAAAGCACUUCAGUGACCAUCGCAAAGAUCUGGACGGACAAAUACGUCUGUGCGUUUUUGUUCUUUCAGUUCUACAGUUGCUUGGUGACAGUCCUAGCUUAGGAACUAGACUCUCUUUGUUUCCUUGUUCUGGGGCAUGAUGCUUCCCAAUGCCUAGGCAUACAGGACAUAAAACUUUAUAAGAACAUUUUAACUGUGUAUGUGCAGGACAGGGGUGUUGCUGUAUCCUGUAUGUCUACGCUGGGGGCGCUAGCUUUAUCAGCUCCCUCCGUGUGUUCAGUGCCCUAUCCAGAGAUCAGGACCAUGGGACUGUCGGGUUAAUGGGUCAUAACACAGAGCCAUUAAACUUAGUUCUGCCAGCUACUCGCUAGCCAUAAAAGCAAUUGCUUUUAAUGACGGCUAUUAAACAGAAACCAGGCCAUGGAUUAAAUGAUUGCUGCAUUCUGCUUGUAAAAGGUGACAGGACUGUGUGUCAUUCAGCCUUGCCCAAAAGCACUUGUAGUACAGCUUCUCAAACUGUAGCUGUGAAACUGAGUUUUGCUUUAUUAAUCUAUAAUUAAAGCAUGAACUGAAUGGAAUUGGACUCACCCUUUGACUUCUAAAUCAGUGUGUUGAGUAUCCAAUUGUAUGGAGUUCGUCACUGUGUGGUGUUUUUUUUUUCUAUGUGAAAUUAAGUGGCUCACUUGAUUUCUUGAGUGGACAGGGGAAUUGACAUUUUAAAAGAACAAAACUACAACAAUUUGGUAAUGAAGUUUCAUAAUGAGAGAAGACCAGUGAAAUGACUAACUCAAGACCCCAUAUUUUACUGCAUUGGAUACUUUUAUUUUUUGAAAGAAAUGCACAGGUUAGCAAAGCUACUACAUACAAAUCGCCAUACAGUAGCACUUUAUUGUUAGGUGUAGCAGGUAGCCUUCAAAUUAAUUCUUCUUGUAUAUCCAUGGUUUUGUUGUACGGUUUGGAGGUUUGUGGCAGGUAACCUUCGAAUUAAUUCUUGUAUAUCCAUGGUUUUGUUGUACGGUUUGGAGUUUUGUGGCUGGACAAC